AUGGAUGCAGUAAUUGUAAAUUAAAAAAAAGGAAAAAAAAAAAUUAAUUUAGAAGCUCCUCUUUUUCCAGGUCGAUAAUUUUGUUAAUGUCAUGCCUAAAUGCACAAUUUAAUUAAUAAUUGUUUAACUUGUGGAAGGAUAAUUUGUGAAUAAGAAGGAAUAGGACCUUGCUUUUUUUGUGGAAAUGAAGUUUUGUAAAAAGGAUAAAGAGCAGAUUUUGGAAAAGAUGAAGAAGAAUUUCCUGAAUUUCAAGAUCCAACAAGUGAACCAUCAUGUUAAUAAAAGGGUGCAAUUAUGAGAAAUGAAGAAUUCAGAAAAGAAAUACAAGCUUAAAUUCAAAAAGAAAUAUAAGAAUCAGAACAACAGUUUUAAGCUGGAGAAGAAAUAUACGAUUAACCAUUAUACAAUAUAAAUUUAGAUGACGAAGGAAAGUGCCUUUCUAUGCUACAACCUUGGGCUUCUUUACUUAUUGAAGGUUAUAAAAGAUUCGAAGGAAGAUAUUGGAAUACUGAAUAUAAAGGAGUUUUAUGGAUUCAUGCAGGUGCUACUAUUCCUACUUAAGAAUAAAUAGAAGAAAUAGAAAAUUAAUAUAAAGAACAUUAUAAAGGUGUCUAAGGAAUGCCUCCUUUUCCUAAAAGAUAUCCUACAGGAUGUUUAUUGGGUUGUAUUGAUUUAUAGGGAGUUUUAACUAGGGAGAAGUAUAUUGCUAAUAUUCCAGAAAAAUAUAGGGAGGAUUCAUAAUGUGAGUAUAUUUUUGUGGUUAGAAAUCCUAAAAAAUUAUUCUAUCCGAUUAAAAUGAAAGGAAGUAAAUAAAUUUUUGAUAUUCCUGAUGAUAUUAGAAUUAAUUGUAAAAGUUAAUUGAUCAGAGUUCCUUCUUUAUGGUAUCCUUGGGUAGCUGCUGAUAUUGAUAUUGAUUUAAUAUUAGGAAGAGCAUAAGAACAAAUAUUAGAUGAAGAAAGUAAAAAUUAAUAAGAAUAAAAUGAAUUAAAAUAAGUUAGAAAAAUAUCAAAUAUGACCAAAGAAUUUAUGAAUUCAAGUGAAAUACAUACUAAAAUGACUAAUUUUGCGAAAGAAAUUAAAGUUAAAAUGGAUGCUUUUGGAUUUAUGAUUGCCCCUUUUUUAAAUGAAUAGGAGAUUAUAUAAAUUGUGAAUUACGUAAAGGAGAAAUUGAAUGGAACCUGUAAUAUUGGUAUUCAGAAUGUUCAAAGUUUUUAAACAGAAAGUAAUUUCCCCUGUAUUGAGAAGAUAACAGAAUACGUAACCAAAACAUAUUGCUAUUUUACUGAAAAGAAGAAAUCAGAUUGUUUAAAACACCUUAAAGAAAUCGACGUAUUCUAUUUAAACUAAAAAUAAAGAAGAUUUAGUUUUUAAAAAGAGCAUUUUCUUAUUAUAAUUUUGGGUUGUGAUUAUGAAAUAGUAGUUUAAGAUACAUCAAAUUAUAAAACAAAAAAUUUAAAUGUAGAUAAUGGUACAUUUUUAUUGCAACUAUAUGAUGAAAAAAUUAAUAUAAUAUAUGAAAAUCCCAUAAAUGCAAAUAAUAAUAAAUAAAUAUCUAAAAGCAUCGGAUUAAAAGAAAAUGUCUUAGCAUUAGCAAUUUGUUUUAAAUAAAAAUGA